UGUGUGUUGGUGUUGUCAUGUCUUCUAUAACUUGGGUUCCUACUGCCCUCAUUCACUGCAGCCCUUUUCCUCCAGUGUUACAGAGCGAACGAGAACAUAGACUGACUUGCCAGAACUCGUCGGCUUAGCAGCAGCUUUGUGCUGAAGAAGGUUGGUUAAAGUGGAUGGUGUCAAUGAGUCUGAUUGUCCCCGUUUGCUGUGUGUACAUGUCCUAUCGAGGGUGAGAUCUGCACCAUGACCACAUCACACUGGACCCUGGCACUUAUAGUUCUAUGUCUCAUCCAGGGAUGUUCGUCUACGAAUGGAUGGGGUGUUUCAGUUCCAGAAUCUCUUUCUGCAUUGCAGGGGUCAUCUGUGACCUUUAAAUGUUCUUUCCGGUACCCUGAUAGACCUCAGCCUGCACACAAGAUAAUUGCCGUUUGGUUAAAAGACCCAUGCCUCGAUGGUUCUGAAGAACUAUACAACAGUGACAAUCCGAAUCAGGACCCUGGGAUAGAAUGGAUUGGAAAUCUGGGUCAGAAAAACUGUUCUCUUCGAAUUAAAGAUGUUCAGAAAAAGCACAAUUACACUUUCUGCUUCAGAUUUAUGAUAGUAGAUAAAGACACCUGGACAGGAAAGCCAGGCUUGCAGCUCAUUGUUUACGCCCGUCCAAGAACACCUGUCAUCUCACCUUCAGAGUUGGUUGAAGGGGUCACGACCAAUUUGAAGUGUUCCUCCUCUAAUAUUGAUGAAAAGACAAAAACCAGUCUAAACUGGUAUGGUCUACCUGACCAGUCGGCAGAACAAUGCAGUGAUGAUCCAACAGUACUCAGCAGCUGUCUCCGUUUCAUCCCAUCGUAUCAGGAUCACAACAAGAUCAUCAAAUGCUCAGUCACCUACAGCGCAUUCGCCUAUUCUGACAAAGCCAGCAUCACUCUCAAUGUAUCAUAUGCACCCAAAAAUGUAACAAUCCGAGUAGAUAAAGGAUCAGGAUUAACAAUCAGAGAAGGUGAUAAGCUCUCCUUGAUGUGCACCAGUAACAGUAAUCCUGAAGCUAUGUACAGCUGGCAUAAGAGGGAGGAAGAAAGCGGUGAGACAAGACUUAUUAAUGGCUCAAAAGGAACUCUAUCCUUCCAGAGUAUUACAAGCAGCGACUCUGGGUUCUACAGUUGUACAGCAGCAAAUCAUGUUGGAAGUAGCAAGUCAAAAACUUUGGAAAUUCAAGUCCAAUGUGAGCAAUGAUGUGUUUUUUUCAAAAUAUUGUUUUGAUUGGGUUUGUUCUGUGAUUACCUCAUUACCCUUGAGAGACGUUCACCCUCUCCUUUCUCAAACCUUGUCUACACUCCCCCCUCUCCCCCCCCCCCCAACCCCC